AGCACGAGCCCACAGGGACAGAGAGCGAGAGAGGGAAGGAGGUACAGGGAACAAAAGCAGACAACAGAACAGAGAGAAACAGAACAAGGAGCGAGGGAGAGAUAAGUGAGGGACGGGCAGAACACUGAUAAGCACAUGGUGUGAAAAUGCCUACAAACUUCACAGUGGUUCCUGUGAAGGAUGCCAGGAAGUCCCGGGAAGAGGAAGAGGAGGAGGACGAAGAUGAUGUGGAUGACAACAAUGUCUUCAGAGAGGAAGACGAGGCUGCCACCUUCCCAGGCGAUGGCAUGCCAAAGGAAAGCAGUCCGUUCAUUAACAACACAGACCACGACAAAGGGAAUCUAUAUGAUGGGAAGAACAUGGCCCUCUUCGAGGAAGAGAUGGACAGCAACCCCAUGGUGUCCUCGCUGCUCAAUAAGUUGGCCAACUACACCAACCUCACCCAGGGGGUCAAAGAGCACGAGGAGGCAGACGAUGACGAGGGGCCAGCCAGGAGUAAGAAACCAGUCAAGAGUCCCGCGUUGGGCACAUUAAUUGGGGUGUACCUGCCCUGCCUCCAAAACAUCCUGGGGGUCAUCUUGUUCCUGCGUCUCACCUGGAUCGUGGGAACCGCCGGCAUCAUGGAAUCCCUUGCCAUUGUGGUCAUGACCUGCUCCUGUACAAUGCUGACAGCCAUAUCAAUGAGUGCCAUCGCUACGAAUGGUGUAGUUCCAGCUGGAGGCUCCUACUACAUGAUCUCAAGGUCGCUGGGGCCAGAGUUCGGCGGGGCCGUGGGGCUCUGCUUCUACCUGGGGACCACCUUCGCUGGCUCCAUGUACAUCCUCGGUACUAUAGAGAUUCUGUUAACCUACAUUGUGCCUAGUGCGGCCAUCUUCAAGGCAGAGAAGAAGGAGAAUGAGCCAGAGGCACUGCUCAACAACAUGCGGGUGUACGGCACCUGCUGCCUCAUCCUCAUGUCCCUGGUGGUGUUCGUAGGGGUCAAGUACGUCAACAAGCUGGCUCUGGUCUUCCUGGCCUGUGUCAUCCUCUCCAUUCUGGCUAUCUACGCCGGAGUCAUCAAGACCGCCUUCGACCCGCCAGACUUCCCUAUUUGCCUUUUGGGGAACCGCACGUUGCAGAACCACAACUUUGACCAGUGUUUGAAGACGAUGGAGGUGGACAACGUGACGGUCACCACCAAGCUGUGGUCCCUGUUCUGUGACUCUCCAGACCUCAAUGCCACCUGCAACGAAUACUUCACUCUCAACAACGUCACUGUGAUCCAGGGAAUCCCUGGCCUGACCAGCGGGGUCAUCAGAGACAACAUCUGGGGGGACUACGGUCCUAACGGCAUGUUGGUAGAGAAUAAGCACCAGGUGUCGGCGCCGGCUGCAGACACCUCCCAGGAUAUAUACAUGCCCUACGUGGCCAAUGACAUCACCACCUUCUUCACCCUGCUGGUGGGCAUCUACUUCCCCUCCGUCACAGACAUUAGUUCUGUCAUACUGUUUGGCGCCUGCAUCGAGGGGGUGGUGCUCAGAGACAAGUUUGGGGACUCGGUCAAAGGGAACCUGGUGAUUGGCAUCCUGGCUUGGCCCUCCCCCUGGGUGAUUGUGAUUGGCUCGUUCUUCUCAUGCUGUGGAGCAGGUCUACAGAGUCUCACUGGAGCCCCCCGGCUGCUGCAGGCCAUCGCAAGAGACGGCAUCGUGCCAUUCCUACAGGUGUUUGGUCAUGGCAAGGCUAAUGGAGAGCCCACCUGGGCCCUGCUGUUGACUGGUGGGAUCUGUGAGAUCGGUAUCCUCAUCGCUUCUCUGGACGCUGUCGCCCCCAUCCUCUCUAUGUGGCUGCGCAUGCCAAUGGGAAUCAGUCCAGCCCCAGAGAUCUUUCAGAGGAAGUUGAACCAGGCAAUUGAAGGUUUUCCAGGAGUCCAAAUCAUUGCAGAUGACAUCCUGAUUGUGGGAGAAGGAGACAAUGAUGAAGCGGCUACUCUGGACCUUGACAAAAACCUGAAAAUGCUCCUGGACAGAUGCAGGAAGCUCGAUAUCAAGCUGAAUCCGGAGAAGCUGCAGCUCAGGCUGAAGGAAGUGCCCCACAUUGGCCACCUGCUAACAUCAGAGGGGUUGAAAGUGGACCCAGGAAAAGUGGCAGCCAUCAAACAGAUGCCUAGGCCUACAGAUGUGCAAGGGGUGCAGCGCUUCCUGGGCAUGGUAAACUACCUAGCCAAGUUCUGCAGCCACGCCACGGAGAUCUGCGAGCCACUGCGACAGCUAACACACAAGGACUCACUGUGGGAGUGGUCAGAGAUACAUGGGCAGGCUUUCAAUAAAAUCAGGGAUACCAUUGCACAGACCCCUGUGCUGAAAUACUACAACCCAACAGAGCAGCUUGUACUACAGUGUGAUGCUUCAGAGACUGAGAGACUGAAGGACAUCCAGAGAGCCACUGAGCUGGACCGGGAGCUUCCAGACACUGAAAAAAUGGAUCCUGCAGGUGGCCUGAAGUGA